AUGUCAGUCGAGUCGGCCCAGGCUGCCGUCGGCACAAACAAGGAUUUUCCUUCAGAUGAUGUCUAUGAGCCACCACAGGCUCUGUCAGAAUCGACAGACAUGGACGACCUCGAGCCGGACGAGUUCAGUGUCGAGAACAUCGAACGAAUCUAUAGAAAAUUGGAUUGGCGCAUUAUUCCCGCCUUCUGGGUUCUAUACUUCAUGUGCUCUGCCAUCCGCUCCAACGUCGGCCUGGCGCAGACGAUGAACACGAGCUCUGGUCAUGACCUUGCCCAUGUUUUGCAUCUGAAUCCCCACCAGAUCUCGACUGGUUUGGCCUUGUUCUACGUUUGCUACGUUGUGUUUGAUUUGCCUUCGAAUCUGGUCAUGACCCGCCUUAGUCCCCAUGUGUGGAUGAGCCGUAUCGUGAUUAGCGUUGGGCUGAUUGGUACCUGCAUGACAGCGAUGAAAGCUGCUUGGAGCUUCUAUCUGCUUCGCCUGCUUCUUGGUAUCGUCGAGGCCGGAUUAUGGCCCGGCAUGACCUACUAUCUCACUCUCUUCUACCCACCCUCGCGUAUUGGAAAGCGCAUUGGCCAGUACUUCACUGCUGCGCAGGUCUCCGCUGCGGUGGUUGGCCUCGUCUCUGCCGGAUUCCAAGAGAUGGAUGGCGCCCGAGGUUACGUCGGAUUCCAGUGGAUGUUCCUGAUCUACGGUGUCAUCACUAUUGCUUUGGGGUUCGCUCAGCUUUGGUGGCUGCCCGACCGACCUGUUGCACCUGGCGCAGCGGCUCCCGAGCGUCACCAAAUGCUGCGCUGGUUGCCCCAAAGCCGUCCUGCUUUGACUGGCCGGGAUUCUGUGAUUCACUACCAUGACAUGAAACGUGUGUAUCACAACUCAAAGUGGAAUCUGCGGGAUCUGCUGCAUGUUUUCAUGGACUGGAGACUUUGGCCGCUUUUGGUGAUGUACUUUGGUGUCGUUGGUGUUGGUAUUGGUGUUCAGCUGUAUGCGAACGUGAUUAUCAAGGCGAUCAACCCCUCUUUGAAUGGAGUUGACUUGAGCUUGCUCACAGCCCCUAUCUGGAUUAUGGAUCUUAUUGCUAUUCUCCUUGUCACGCCCUUCUCGGAUCGUUUCCACCGUCAUCGUGCUCUUUUCUUCUCGAUCCCAGUUCUGCUGCAGAUUCUGGGCUUACUGCUGACCAGCUAUGCCGGUACUGAAGAGAACCCCUGGCCACGGUACGGCGGUCUUCUGAUUGUCGGCUUCGGCCUUGGUCCAACAGUGCCCAUCACCAUGACGUGGACUGCAGAGAUAUUCCAGCCACGCCAUGGAGAGGUCGGUGUGGCAGCUGCCUCUGCCGUGGUCUCAGGAUGGGGUAAUUUGGGUAGUAUCCUGACUACCUAUGCCCUGUACUCGGGCUGGAAAAGUGAUUAUGAGGCACCUGGACGUCAGAAGUACCGGAAGAGUAAUUUGGUGAUGGUCGGGAUUUUGAUUGCCAGUAUCCUUGCCGCGCUGCUGAUGGAUAUCUUGCUUCGAGUUGUGGAUGGUCGUUCCCGCCAAAGUGAGGAGGAAACUGAUGGUGACGCGGUUGAUGGUGCGGCACGUCGUGAGGUGCAGCAGCGUGGCCUGCAGGGACUGGGUUCGGGAGCCAGACGCUGGUUUGGACGCGGCAAGGUUGACCGCAAGUAA